AUGGUACCCACGAAGUGGGAAACGAAAGAGAGGCAGGCAGAUGAGAACAUUACAGCUGAAGACGUUAAAAGAAGUGAUAUAUCUAGAAAACUAAAAUUCCUAGAUUCAGUGACUGGUCGUCAUUUUAGUGAUGUUUACCAAAAUGGUACGUUUAGAACUGGUAAUGGUUUGUGGGACAAUAUUUUAAAUAAGUGCGCAGUAAAUCCAUCAGUCAGUUGUUUGCAAAAUAACUUUUAUUCGUAUCUAGAUGAGAGUUUAGAUUUCAUUGGUGAUGUUAAUGUGACAAGUGGUGUGUGCUUUAAGAAGAACAAUGUGGAUAUGAAUAAAUUUAGUAAAGAAGCUAAUAUAAUCUACCUCACUGGAAGCAAUGAUAGACAGGAUGAGCGGUCGUUUGAUGCUGAAAAUGAAAUUAAUGACGAGGAAGAUUCAGAAACACCCUUAGAAGAAGUCACUGAUGCCUUAUACAACAAGGGUGUCAAAUUUCUCAUGACUCAUGACAUGAAGCUUACACUCCCUGAAGUAAUGUUCCACGGGGCCACUCUGAAGGUCUCUCCAAGGGCAUUGACGAAGACCGGCGCACUAGUACACAUAGAUCUGGAGCCAAAGGAAAAUGGCGAAGGACGGCUGUUCUUCCAUAAAAUAAAAAAAUACCUAAGGAAAAAACUGGUUAUGGCAGCCCUAGCUAUCAUAUUGGUCAUCAAGCUGAUAGCACUGAAACUAAUAUUCGUACUGCCCAUAAUUUUAGGGGUGACUACAGCAAAGAAAAUGUUCCUAAAAAUGCUUCUAUUCAUGUUCCCGGCACUGAGUCACAUAUUUAAACUGUGUUCGUGGUAUCACCAGAAUUAUCAUACUACAAAAUAUCAUCAUCACCAUCACUUGAUCACACAUCAUCAUAAGACCCCUCACGGGCACCCGCCUCCGCCAGUAUACGGCCCUCCUGCUCACGGGGCGGUAUUAGUCAAGCCCCACAUAGAGACUCAUGGACCCAGCUUCGAACAUUACCCUCAAGAAUGGGAGCUCUCUGGACCAGGACUUGGAAACGAAUACCUAUCAGAUAUCCACCGGAAUGCAAUAGCCAAUUUCAAGCCGCAAGUAAAUGACGGAAAUGAUAUCAAUUCCUGGGGCCUUGGACUUCCUCCAGGUUCGGGCUCAUUAAACGCAGGAGAGUAUGCUGCUAGCAGCAAUAUCCCGAAUGCGGUUCCUUCGCCUCAAGGGAAUAAUGUCCCCAAUAAUAUUGGACGACCUGUUGGCCCUCCUGCGCAGGCGCAAAAUCCUUAUUAUAGGAAUAAGAAAAAUAAUCCACAGGAUCCGAUACAAGCUGAAAAGGAAGCAUUGAUCCGAGCUGCAACACUAGCUGCACACGCUCCGCCGUCACCUGUACGAGAUGAGUUAUUGCGCGUCUCUGCCGCUAAGCUGAAUGAAAACAAUCGGGUCAGAACUGAGACGGAGCUGGUCAGGCAACAACAGGAAAUAUUGGCUGCUGAGGACCCGGAUACAAUACAGGCUGAGCAGUUCUACGGAACGUUAUUAGAAAAAGUAGAUGCCAUACUAACUCCACUAGGGGCGGUGGAAAUCGGGUGCAGAGAGAGAGUCAUCUGUGCCUUAUACCGAGAUCCAUUCAGACAUGCGCCAUAUAGUAAUCUAGUAUCCAAUGAGCUAAGCAAGGAUUCAAGCGAGUUAGUACCACCAGCUGACAGCAAGAUGGCGCUACGCUACUACAGAUACGUACAGGCGGCUAGAGAUGGCCAGGAGCAAAAGGAUUGUAUGAGUUUAUAUCUCAAGUGUAAUAUCAAUUAUAAUAGGAAAUAAUUAUCCCAACACGAUCCAGAUUUUUGUUUACGCAAAAUUAAACUUCCGUAUGUCGAAUUUAAAUUUUGACUUACGGAAGUAAUACUUAGUGCU